AGUAAUAUACUUUACUGAAUAAGGAUUAAGAAAAAUGAGGUCUAAGUCAGCACAAGAUAAAUGAGAAGAAUCAAAGUACACUUUGUAAUGAGAUAGUCGCACGUUACUGAGUUCACAAGAAUACAAAUAUGCAUAGUGUAUACCACACACACACACACAGACAUAGAUAUACGUGUGUAUGUGUGUGUGUGUGAUCUCCCAGAAAAUGUAAUAUUCAAUACAUGCAUUCAAAAAUAUAUUGAAUAUACAUAUUUGAAUAUAAUGCAUACAUAUACAUGUGUAUAUACAUUUAACAUACACAUGUAAGUAUUUGAUAUGUAUGAACUCUUAAAUUUCCAGAGAUUCAACUUUAAGGUUUGUGUGAUAUAAAUGGAAAGACAAGAACCAAAAGAAGGAUUUAACUUCCUGCCUUGUAGUCUAUCCUUUAUAUCUUACUUACACUGAUGAUGCUUCUUCUUAAGUAUUAUCAAAGAUGUCAGCUUAAGGAUGCAGCAAAGAGAGAUAAUAAUUAUUCCAUUCAAAAUUAUUCUAGUGAGAAUAAGAAAUAUGUAUACAUUUGACUACAAACUAAGGAGAAAUGUUUAAUGUAAAUGAGAAGAUUUAGACCAAUGUCAUAGACUUAGCAGCAUGAAAGAUUUCCUAGCAUGGUUUACACAGGUCAAAGGUUUAUGAAGAUGGUGUGGUGAGCACAACUUCAUUUUAAGAAACCACUUAAAAUGUGGAAGGUAUUGUACGAAGUGGCUGACAUUCACCACUUAACCUACCCUUCAAAAUACCCUAUGCUGCUGGCACUAUGAUCGUCUCUAAUUUUCCAGCUGAAAAACUGAGACAGAAAUAAUCAGUAGGUCACUCGUGGUAAUAGAGCCAGGACAUGGGGAAUCCAGCAUCGGAACUCAGUCAGACUAAUUCUGGGGUGGCCUAUUUUUACCACUGAAUCCCUCUGACCUCUGUAAUAUAGAUAUGGGUAACUGUCAAAGGGUUAGACUAGGAGGAAAAAUCAUAAACAGAGGAAAGUGGGACCAACCACUCAUGCACUGGAAUCUCUACAAUUAAGCAUCGGAUGAACCUAAAAUCUCUGGUCAGGGAAGGGGGAUGGGGUAGCGGAGGCUACAAAGAGGGUCUCCUAUGUUAGGUUAUUAUGUCUGAACUUAGGCUACGGAUCAAGGAUUAUUUUGUCUAGGAAACAGCAACUCAUGAAUUGACUGCAAAAUCUUACCUGCGGGGUAAUAAAAAUGUUUCCCUCUAUGCCAUAUGUAAAUAAUAUUUGUGUUUUUGCUCCACAUUUAUAAUUUUCUCUAUACAAAUUCUAUCCAGGGUAAUAAAAAUGUUUCCCUCUAUGCCAUAUGUAAAUAAUAUUUGUGUUUUUGCUCCACAUUUAUAAUUUUCUCUAUACAAAUUCUAUCCACAGUAUUUUCUCUUCAGCUCCUGUUUUUCUAAAUCAGUCUAAGAGUUCUGUAGGCAAUCUCAGAGGCUUUAAUCCCAUGGCACCGUUUAUAACAGAAAACUGAAUUAACUCAUUUUUUUCCCAAGGCUCUAAGUGGCUAAAACCUUAAUAUAAAACUACUCUCUUUGGACUGUAUAAAAAAACAGAUGUAGAACUUUACUGCUUGAAAUUUCUUUUGCAUCUCUAUACUCCGGUGGAAGAAUGAAGCAUCACAUGUGAAUUUUCUUUUGACUUAGGUAUGUGCUGUAGUCAAAUGAAACAGACAUGAUCAGAGGUGGCUGAGAACUACUACUUGAUAUGAUCUGCAUGAUGCAGUUGUCCAAUUUCCAAAUUGAAUGGUGGGGGAAAACCUUACAAGCUUUCAAUGGAGAUGGGUUAUCUAAAGAUAUAUAGAAGAUUCAGGGCAUUUGAAAUUUAUUUACAAAAUGGUUAUACAGUUGGUUAAUAAAGCAGAAUUUCUAUUUCAGCUACAGGUUAUAGGGAUGGAAUGCUUAAUGGAAGCAUGGGGAAACUCAAAGGUGAGCAGUGGCAUGUUACUGAGAGUUUAUUUCCAGAGAUGAACCCAAGGAAGGCAUCGCAAUGUCUAGAAAGCUUGCUCUUGGCCAGUACCCUGCCAGCGACCAAGGGCAAUUACUUGGAGGUUUCAGUUUUUAAAAAACACAAAUAAAGGCAUAAUAGCAAAAUAUAGCUCCCUCUCUCUCUAUCUCUCUCUGUCUCUCUCACACACACACUCCCCAACUUCAGAAUGUAUAUAACAUGUAUUUUAUUUUUUCAACCUGAUAUAUCUCCUACGGAAAUAUGGACUCAUUCAUAUUUUAUCCAAAGAUAAAAACAGAUGUCCAAGCUACUUUAUCUGACCUUGAACCAGUCUGCUUCAAGUUGAUACCCAGAGAAAGUGCCUUACUUCAUUGUUUGAGUUUAUGAAUCUGGCCCCUGACUGCUUCUCCAUCAUGUAGAAGGCAUUGCCAAAACACUCUUCUUUAGACAAGUGCAGAAAGUACCUCUCUCUCCCAUUAGACUUUGUUACUCCAGACAGUUUUGUGAUGCUCAAAAUCGCCAUCCCCAGCUCCAUGAUGACUCGAAGGCUUCUAGGUUUCCCUCUACCCACAUGUCCAGUGUCUUAAUCAGGCAGAAGUGAACCUAGUGCAUGCGAGGUCUGCAGCAGAAAUUAGAAGCUCUUCUCGGAGGAACUGGUGUAGAGUGGAGAGUGAACGAAGAAGGUUUCAAGUACCCUGAAAACCACCACAGUCACAGCAUUCUAAAAUGAGCCACUGUGAAAUUCCAUUUCCUGUAUGUCUGGAAAAUACAGACAUCAGGGAAAAUUCACAGGGGUCUAUUACUAUCUUUGUAUAUUACCGUCCUUUCUGGAUUCUUUCAAGUACAGCGGUGUAAGACCAGCCUGUGUCUGCUCUUGGGCAGGCAUCCCAGAAUGUUAUGUAGUUUUGUUUGUGAUAAUGUGUAUCUCAGAUAUUGUAUUGAUGUCUUUUUGACAGGAGAUUAGGUUUGAUCUUGGUAUUUUCUCUAAGUCAAUAAAUGAUGAAUGCAUCAUUAGUGAAUUUCUGCACUAAGUAUGGAAAUGUCUUGUACAUUUUUGCCUGUGGCUUUAUUUUCUCAUCUGCCUGUCUUCUUUUGAGUUAUGUCCGCAUUUCCAUACACGUAUCCUUGAUGUUUCAAGUGUCCCUCUUCAGACAGGGAUUUCACAAAAGGUGUGGGGUUACUAAAUCACUCUAUACUUAAUGCUAUGUUCUGUGUCUUAUAAUUCUUCCACGGGCUUGCUGAUAAACCUUGCAUGUUAAAAUACAGAAUUAAGUCUGUAUAAGUAUUAUGUUCUUUGAGACUGGACCAUAUGAAGGACUAUGCCUCAAUUUAGAAUUCUUAAAAAAAUUUCAUAGGUCCUUACAAACAGCAAACUUCUUCAUUUUCACUACAUAUUGAAACACUAAGCUAGACACUUUCAUAACCAUUUCUUAUUGACAUAUUUUUUAUUCCUUCUAGGAGCAACAGCUUCUCUUGCUCUGUUAUUUGGAAGGAUGUUUUAUCACAACAGGAGCGUUUUUCACCCAAGCACGUUUUUCCUCAUUGGAAUCCCAGGUCUGGAAGAGGGCCAUGCCUGGAUCUCCCUGCCUUUCUGCUCCGUCUACCUCGUGGCUUUACUGGGCAACGCCACAAUUCUGCUGGUCAUCAAGACGCAGCAGGCCCUCCGGGAACCCAUGUUCUGCUUUCUGGCCAUCCUUUCAACAAUUGACUUGGCCCUCUCGACAAGCUCUGUGCCCCGCAUGCUGGCUAUCUUCUGGCUGGACGCGCAUGAGAUUCACUUCGGAGCUUGUGUGGCCCAGAUGUUCCUGAUCCACGCUUUCACUGGCAUGGAGGCCGAGGUCCUACUGGCCAUGGCCUUCGACCGUUACGUGGCCAUCUGUGCUCCACUCCACUACACCACCAUCCUGACACCCCGAGCUCUGGGGGGCAUCAGUUUGUGCAUUGUACUCCGUCCAGUUCUGCUUACACUUCCCAUGAUCUAUCUCAUCUACCGCCUACCAUUCUGCCAGGCUCACGUAAUACCUCAUUCCUACUGCGAGCACAUGGGCAUCGCCAAACUGUCCUGUGGAAACAUCCGUAUCAACGGUAUCUACGGGCUCUUUGUGGUCUCUCUCUUUCUCCUGAACCUAGUCCUUGUCGGCAUCUCCUAUGUGCACAUUCUCUGUGCGGUCUUCCGCCUCCCCUCCCAAGAAGCACGGCUGAAGGCCCUAAGCACGUGCGGUUCUCAUGUUGGGGUCAUCUGUGUUUUCUAUAUCCCCUCGGUCUUCUCUUUCCUCACGCACCGAUUUGGACACAACGUCCCACGCUAUGUGCACAUUCUGGUUGCCAACCUCUAUUUGGUGGUCCCACCCUCCCUCAACCCCAUCAUUUACGGGGUGCGGACCAAACAGAUACGAGAGCCAGUGCUCCGUGUCUUUAUUAAAAAAUAAGAGACCUACUACAUUCUUUUACUAAGGAUUUUGAUUUCUCUAGGAAAUUUGUGUGUUCUUGAGUUAAGUUUCUCCUGGUCUUAACCCAUUGCUUCCAG